AUGCUCCUCGCUGCUGGCAGACUUACCCGUCGCCAUGUCACGAGUCAGCAACCUCUCCUCCAGGUCGGCUACGUGCUCGUCCGACCUUUCACGGAGUACUCUUCUUUCCCUGCGGAUCAUCGCAGGGCCGCUGAAGAGUUGGUCAACUACAAGCCGAUCGCAGCAAACCCUCAGGCGAAGAAAAUUGCUGUCUUAGGCGGCGGUAUCACUGGGCUGGCAGCUGCUUAUGAGCUUGCACGGACGAUUCCCCAUGCCUCAAUCACGGUCUACGAGAAAAGUGAGAGAUUAGGGGGCUGGCUUAACUCUGAGGUCGUUCCAGUGAAAGGCGGAGAGAUAAUAUUCGAGUGGGGCGCAAGAUCGUUUCGAACACCUCGAGGGGACGGAUUGGCAACAACCAUGCUUUUGAGACAUCUUCUAGAAGAAGCUGAAAGCUCCGACCGGCGACCCACAAUCCGCAACCACAUUAUAGCUUAUCCGCCGGGCUCUGGUGCUGCGAAUGACCGCUGGAUUUACUACCCAGAUCAUCUCGUCCGUUUGCCAGGCCCUAAAGACGGGUUCAAGCUCCCAGCCCUCUGGAAUAACAUCCGGUCCUUUAUAACGGAGCCGAUAUGGCGAGGUGUCUUCAUGGGCAUGUUGAGUGAGCCCACCAAGCCUGGACGUGACCCUGAACUCAAGGACGAAUCUGUGGGAGAGUUUCUGACCCGCCGUUUUGGGUCCGCCGUGGCAGACAACUUCGCCUCCGCUGUCAUCCACGGCAUUUAUGCUGGAGACAUAUACAAGCUAAGCGUCCAUACAGCCAUGCCGCUACUCUCGCAUUUGGAACGUCAUUCCAAGGAGCAUACGGUGCUAGGGGAGCUGUUCUUCAACAAAGGGGGCGCGUGGAAGCCAUGGCACGAUUUUGUGUUGAGGGAGCUGAUAGCACGGAAGUCUGGGCACAAGUCAGCCAACUACCUCGAACCGGGGGGUUUUAGUACCUUUACCGAUGGCAUGUCAGGGUGGACCAGGCUUUUAAAGUAUCCUCUUCUCAAUGCCAAGAGAGUAACAAUUCAGAAAUCCAGUCCAGUAACCUCUCUUAGUUACAAGGACUCGAAAGUACUCGUCACGGACGCGUCGGGCUCGGCCAAAACAUUCGACUACGCGAUCUCCACGCUGCCCGCGAAGACAAUGCGGACUCUCGUCUCUGGCUCCCGCACCUUCGACCCGAUCGCGCCGGCCACAACGGUCAUGGUAGUAAACCUCUUCUAUCCCGAGGGGUCGCUCACUACUGCAGUCGGCGCAGAUGGGCUGUCCGGGUUUGGGUACUUAAUUCCACGCUCAGUCCCUGUAGAGCAGAACCCGGAACGUGCACUAGGUGUGAUAUUUGCGCACAAUUCCUCAGGCGACACGGGCCCAGAGAGCGUGGAAGGACUUGGCCGCCGCGACAGCUGGCAAAGCCCUGAGGGAUGCCAGGAAGUGAUUGAGACGCUCACUGCUGACCAAACCGAAAUGACAUCUAAGCAAAGUGAGGGAACACAACACGCGUCCCUCGUAAACCUACGGCAACUAUCAGCGUACCGACGUCGCCUGGAUCAAUUCAAUGCCGGCAAGGUCAGACCUGACGAGAAGAUCAUUGACCGGUCUGGGCAGGAUACCGUCAAGGGUGCGAAGCUUACGGUCAUGUUGGGUGGGCAUUGGUGGGAUGGCUGGUCCGAGCAAGAUUACCCAUCGGAAGAGGAGGGCAUUCAAAUGGCGAAAAGUGUUCUUCGCCGACAUCUGGAUAUUCACGACAAUCCUGAGGUGGCCAAAGCCAAGCUGCAGCGAGAUUGUAUUCCGCAGUAUCCCGUCGGCUACCGGGACUAUAUGGCCAAAGUCCACGAGGAAAUUCACAGUAAGUUCGAGGACCGUCUGAAGCUUGCAGGGCCCUUUUAUCAAGGAGCUGUGGGCGUCAAUGACUGCAUCAAACAAGCCACAUGGGCAGCCAUGGCGAUCCGAGACAACAGAGAUCCGACGGCCAUAUCGAGAUACGCCGAAAAGUUGGAGGGAUGGGUUCACCCAGGACCCGAUGCUCAGUUUCCUGGUGACUCCGCUAGACAGACUUGA